GGAAAAACAGCUGUAGCGGCUAAUGCUAGUUAGCGUCGUUUGUUUUUGUCGUGUGUGCCAGCGAUCUGACCAGAAACCCCGCUAAACACCAUCGUAGAAUCCCGGAGUGACCGACUUGUUGUCUGUCAUCUCUCUUAACGAUGAAGUUCCAGUACAAAGAGGAGCAUCCUUUUGAGAAAAGGCGGUCCGAAGGCGAGAAAAUAAGGAAGAAGUAUCCGGACAGGGUACCUGUCAUUGUGGAGAAAGCCCCAAAAGCCAGAAUAGGAGAUUUGGACAAGAAGAAAUAUCUUGUCCCCUCUGAUCUGACAGUGGGCCAGUUUUACUUCCUCAUCAGGAAAAGAAUCCACUUGCGAGCUGAGGAUGCUCUCUUCUUCUUUGUAAACAAUGUCAUUCCACCCACCUCAGCUACUAUGGGCCUGUUGUACCAGGAGCACCACGAAGAGGACUUUUUCCUCUACAUUGCCUACAGUGAUGAGAGUGUGUAUGGGAACAGCCAAAGGGAAAUCUGAUCCCACUAACAUCCCCAACCAGGAUCCACCUUUGAGACCUCCACCAUUCAUUAAUUCAUUUAAAUAUUAAAUCCAGCUCAGAAGCCUAGAGUUCCCAGAGAAAAUAAAUCAAAUGCACCUUCAUCACCAUUAAUUACCCCUCCUUUAUGUCUUUUAUUAUUCUAUGAUCUGAAUUGUAUUUUCCUUCAAUUUUCAGUAGUGACUUAAGUUGUAUCAUGGCCAGUCAUAAUCGAUAAAACUACAUAAAAGGAAAAAAAUAGAAUUAGGUUAAUAUAAAGAUAUCUAGUUUGGAUUAAGGGAAGAAAGUCAUAAUACGUGAGUUUAAAUCGGCCCUUGUUGACUAUAAAGAGCUAAUGGCUAAUGGUUGUUCGCUUUUGUUGGUGUGCAAGGUGAUAAAGUGCUUAGAGUGUAGAAGUAGCAUUCACCAAAUGAAGCCACCUAAUUUGGUCUGUGGCAGAGUAAAGGGGAACUGUUUAGCAGCAGUUGUCCUAGAAAAUCCAUAUGUGGAUAGGGUAAUGUGGUUAAUUCACCAGCCAUUGAAGUCAGUGAAUGAGAAUGUAAUGCUGUCCAACAACUGAUCUCAUCAAGGAGUACAAUAGAAUUCAGACUAAAUCAUCCUCUGCUUUCAGUGGUAAAACUAUUCUGUUGACUGCUAUUAUAAUUAUUGUUGUUGUUUAUUGUUAAUUUUAGAUGGCCUGAUUUCUAAAGGUGUUGUAAAGCUGAGUGCAGUUUUUUUCUUUUAUUAAGUUUGUCUCCUUUUUUUUAAAAAAAAAAGAACUCUGUAUACAGCUGAAUUACUGGAUCUUUCUCUCCAUGACCAUACAUGAUAAAACAUGAUGAAAAGCUAA